AUGCCACUGGAAGAUCCCCGACGACGUCUUCGAAGGGCUGCCUGUGAGGGUAAUCUACAACUCGUCAAGCGACUUAGUACCAAGACUAAUCUACAGAAUCAUGAUUCAGAGAAUGGAUGGACUACGUUGAUGUACGCCACUAGGUAUGGCCAUACGGCUACCGUAGAAUAUUUAUUACAGAACGGUCAUGAAGAUUACGAAAUCUCCAGAGAUUUCGAGAAUAACACGACACUUAUCAUUGCUGCACAAUACGAUUACUUGGAGAUUGUAAAGUUAUUUGUCUCGGUAUUUCCAGAUAGCGUGGAUAUGGCGAAUAAGAAGGGACAAACGGCGUUGAUAUUGGCAUGUAAAGAAGGUCAUAUCGAGAUAAUUAAAUUUCUUCUUGGAAACGGAGCAAAUAUUAAUCAAACUGAUCAUGAUGGAAAUACGGCAUUACAUUAUGCUGCUGCAUGGGAUCGUUUUCAGGUGGUCAAGUUUUUAAUUGAAAGUGGUAUACAUUAUAAUGUCAAGAAUGCAGCAGGAUGGACAGCUCUAGAUUAUUCGUUUUCACGAGAGCUGGAGACAUUCCUGCAAGAAUGUGUUCACAAAUACUUCGAAGAAGCCAAAAUUACACGUAAACGAAAUCUGCGUGUUACGGUCGACUCUGUUUACGGCAUUGAGAAUUUUCCCAUAACCACAAGGUCAGCAACAUUUCCCAGGCCUAGUAAUGAAGCUGCUGACAAUGGAAUAAAGUCUGCUGGUUCUAUGGAUAGCUUGUCUCCCGAUGAUUCUAAUCUUGUGAAGAGGAAAGAGUCGCUACCUUGGUAG